GUCCAUGAGCUGCGAGGCGCCAGGGCAGACAUCCUCGACAAGAUGCGGCUGCGUGCACGAAAUACGCGUGCUGGAACCCAUAUGGAACAUCGGAUGGUGUAGAUGGAACCAGCCACAUCCAGGGCCUGAUCUUUGCUGAGUCCCAAGACAUUUUGCACAGAUGCGGCAAAGUGCAGCCGGGACAGCGAUGUCCGUGCUUAUAAAGGAGACACUACAUUUAUUUUCCAUGUCCUGCUUGUACCAGAAGCUCAUUCACUCGUCAAGAAUGAUUGAAUGCUAUUGUCCAGGGGAUGUAUUUUAACUAUCUUGGGCCUGACAACGGCGCGAUCCGGUUCCGCGACCCAGACUUCGGGCUCCACCUCCAGCCCCGCUCCCCUGGUCCAGCUGGGUCCGAACUCCGGCACGAGAUGAGAGGCAUCCACCGCAACCUAUCCGUUUCGUCUUUCAUGGGGGCUUCCCUUGACAACUACGAGCGAACUCCAGUUGCCAAGGUCGAGUCGACAACCGCUGGGCCGUGGUCCACCACAUAUUCAGUCUUCAGCUUGCAAGAUGGAAAGUUGGUGCACGGAACUUGGCACAAAGGCAGCCCUCAACCCCACCCCCCCCAACGAAGGAAAAAGCGCGUCGAUUUGCUCGACCAACCCUCAAUAUUCAUCGUUUUCCAUGUUGAAUCUGCUUCUUUGCCAACAGACAAGUCAAGCAAGUGUUACCCUAAACAAACGACACGGCUCACAAACAUAAUAUCAAGUCGGUAAAAAGAAAAUUGGAAGUAGCAAAAACAUACAACACCGGGGAUUCGCUGGUCGUCACCGACCCAACUACUGAUCCGGCGGUAUCAAGCUUGUGUACAGGGGAGCGGACGGGACCCUCAAUUUUCUUGAUCCUAUGGUCGUAUGUG